AUGUCGCAGCCCCCUUUCCCGCUGUCCUGCACGCCCUGGGGAGCCCUGCACUAUCAGCACAGAUGCAGUAGUUACAACAAAUCUUUGGAAGAAGAUAAAACCCAUGAAGAAGCAGUUAGCAGCUCUGUAGAUCCAUGGGGAGAUAGACUUGUAAGCAGUUCGCUGUGUCAAACGCCCAGCACCUCCAGGAAAGAAGCUGCUUCACCACAUGUCACCACAACUCACUCAGGUGGUGGUCGGCGUGGAGCACUUCAGCUGUGGCAGUUCCUGGUGACGUUAUUGGCGGAAGGGGCGCGUUGUGUUGCCUGGACCGGACGGGGCCUGGAGUUCAAGCUUCACGAGCCUGAAGAGGUGGCGCGUAGAUGGGGCGCUCAAAAAAAUCGACCAGCGAUGAACUAUGAUAAGCUGUCACGAUCUUUAAGAUACUACUACGAGAAGGGGAUCAUGCAGAAAGUUGCAGGUGAGCGCUACGUCUACAAAUUCGUGUGCGACCCAGAGGCUCUAUUCAGCAUGGCCCGAGCCCCACAACCGUGUGACGUCAUAUCUCAUCUCUACUAUCCCCCCUAUUUACCCCCCACAAGCACAGCAAGCUCAGAGUAUCCCACGACAAAUAUUGGGAGACGGUUCUAUGAAAAUACCCAGUUUGAUAAUACAUGAGUCAUCAUUUACGUAAGGUAGUCAAAG